AAAAGGAAAGGAAAAGAAUGCAAGCAAGAAGUUUUCCCAGCGGUCGCUCGGUGUCAUGCAGGAUUAUCUCAGGUUUCUAGUUUCCUAGGAACGUAGUAACUUCCCUGUGGGUUGUUUUGUGGGCGGUGUUUUUGAAUAUAUGCUAAUUCAGCUUUCCUGACGGGGAGAGGAGCCGUGUCUCGCUCACACAGCUCUCCUGACAGCAAACGGUGGCGAGAGGCUGCGAGGGAGCCAGGCCAUGCUCUGGCACUCGUGACAGGACCCCUUGCCCUCCCAUCAGUGCCCAUCGGCACACCCCGGUCACCGGCCUUUGUCACCGGCAGUGGGGCCGACAUGUGCCUAUGACCAUGGAGAUGAAGGACUCGGGCAGCGUGGUCCUGACAGCCUACCAUCCCCACAGCCCCGCCAGGAUCCCGGGCAUGGAGCAGAACUUUGUGCAGGACAUUCCCCCCGGCCAUUCGCCCACCAGCAGAAAGUCUCUCCCUCGUUGUCGAAGAAUUAACAGAAUGCUUUCCAAUGAGUCAGCAGCUCCUCCUGCAUUUAGUCGCUCCAACUCACAGGCAUCCAUGGACAGUACCUCCAUGGAGGACUUCUGGUGCGAAGUGGAGAGCAUCAAGGAGAGCAGGGAAGAUGGAUCUGAAGAAGCAACACUCUUGGAGUUCAAACCUGCUGACGAAGGGGAGCUGGAGGCAGAAUGGCUGCAAGAUGCAGGUUUAUCAACGUUGAUCUCAGGAGCUGAAGAGGAGGAUGGCCAAGCCCUGCUGUCCACUCUGACCCGAACUCAAGCUGCUGCUGUACAGAAGAGGUACAAUACCUACACUCAGACCCUGAGGAAGAAGAACAAGCACACAGUUCGAGAUGUGCGAGACAUCUUUGGCACAAGUGACUCUUCUCCCACAUUUGAGACAGUUCCAGUGUCACCAGUUCCUUCUAAUGGUAUCCAGCUUCCUGGGCAGAAGCCAGUUUGGAAAUCAGUUAGCUCUAAUAGCUGUCUAGACUGUGGACUAGAUAAAGGCAGCUCAUCCAUUACAGAAGAGCUCUCCUAUGAGGUUUCUUUCUCAGAAUCCAUCACAGUCCUUCCAAAACCCCAAGAAUGGCCGAAAAACCAGAGAUUCAAAAAGGAAGACUCUGCUUUGCCUAAAUUCAUUGUUCGGAAAAGCCGAUUUGGACUGACAGAGGUUGGAGACCUCUCUCCUGAAGACAUGAAGAAGAUCCGCUACCUCUCCCUGAUUGAGCUGACGGCCUUCUACGAUGCACUGGGGGUGGAGCUAAAGAGGAACCGCUCAGAGAGGGUGCGAGGACGAGAAAAUGGUCUGUUUGGAGUCCCUCUCACCAUACUGCUGGAGAAUGAUCAAAAGAAGGUUCCUGGAAUAAAAGUUCCACUCAUCUUCCAAAAAUUGCUGCUCAAGCUUGAGGAAACGGGUCUAGAAACUGAAGGAAUUCUACGAGUGCCUGGAUCUGCCUCCAGAGUCAAGAAUCUCCACCAAGAACUUGAGGCAAAAUUUUAUGAAGACACAUUUGACUGGGACCAAGUACGAAACAAUGAUGCAGCAGGACUGCUGAAAAUGUUUAUAAGAGAACUCCCAAGCCCCCUCUUCACAGUAGAAUAUCUGCCUGCUUUCAUCACACUGGUGGAAAAAAUCUCCAAGAUCAAGUUACAGCUACAAGCUUUGCAUCUGUUGAUCAUGCUGCUGCCUGAAGCCAACAGAGACACAGCCAAGGCUUUCCUUCAGUUCUUGAAGAAGGUGGUUGCUAACGAAGGGAAAAAUAAAAUGAAUUUAUGGAAUGUUUCUAUGAUUGUUGCACCAAACCUCUUCAUCUACAAAGGAAAACAUGCAAACCAACAAGAAAUGCAAGCAGCCACCACCACAGCACACAUUGUGCGGCUUUUAAUUCGGUACCAGGACAUUCUGUGGACAGUCCCAUCCUUCCUGAUUUCCCAGGUGAGAAAAAUGAAUGAGGCAGCAAUGAACAACAGCAAGAGGCAGCUGAUGUUUGACAAAGGAGUGAGAAAACUUCUGAGGAGAAAGACCAUGGAGCGGGAAAGACCUGAAAGAUCAGAGGGAGCUGUCACUUUUCCCCCAUACCUGCAGACUGACAUACCUGAGGGGGUGAUAAGAGUUUAUGCUCCACUGCAUUCAAAAGUCUCUAUGGCAAUUCAACUCAACAGCCAAACAAAAGCCAAAGACAUCCUGGCUCGAUUCCACUGUGAAAACAGCAGCGGUUCAUCACAGAACAUGAGAGGCCAGAUCCAAAGUUUACAUGAAAUUGGAGGAAAUAUAGGUCAGCACUGUUUGGAUCCGGAUGCAUACAUGUUAGAUGUUUACCGUGCCAAUCCUCAGGCAGAAUGGGUGAUAAAACCAAAAGCAAGCUGAAGCAGAAGGCAGCGGUGUACUGGACAAAAGCCAAAUGGACAACAGUGAUACCUGUCAUUUCAAGAAGCUCUUGGCAGAGAUGAAACAAAAUGGUAGCUACAGGAUAUAAUUCCUUCCUACUGUACUGUCCAACUGCUGGUCACCACGCACUACUUUUGGUAUGAGCAUUAUCACUCCAGCUUCUGGACCAUCUGAAAAUAUCACAUCAGUUACACUUUCAUAUGGGUUACACUUGUGCUAGUUGGCCCAGGAGUUAAGGAGAACAGACCAAGGUACGGUGCACAGAAAACAACCUGUUGCAUACAGAGUUGUUUGUUUCCUGACCUGGUGUUAGAACAUUUUUUUUAAAGAAUCCAGUAGCAUCUGUGGAUGCAUGAAACACUACCAACCACAGCGUAACACACAAGCAUCACAGAGAUGUUCAAGAAGAGAAAGUAUCUGUCAAGUGUGGAAGAGAGGAGCCCGACCUUCAGCAGUGCCAAGACGUAGCUAUGGGACAGAAUCAAACCCUUCUGCUGAAAGUAAACCUGUGCAGUGUGCAUUACUGCAAUAUUUAUGUCUCUCAGUCACACCUCAUGAGUACCUAAUGCUGGGGGAGGGAUGGAGGCAGGAAGAAGUAAUACUGUAUAGACAGCUAAACUCUUUAUAUAUACAUUAUAUAUACUACUACCAGUCCUUCAAAAUUGCCUGUCUGGAUUACAUUACUGUGUGCAAUUGUAGCACCACAAACCAUUUUCUCCUUCAUUCCCCUGCAACAUACACAAGCUUUGCGAGACAAAUGCUUGGUGAGAAGGGGCAUAUUCCCCUGACUCCAUCUUUUACAUGAUACUCUCAGAUUUAAGUCUGUGUAAUGCCAUAAUGAGAUAUGUGUUAAUGGUGCAACUUACAGCCAUCAUCUUUUUUUGUUAAACAUUAUAGUUUCUUUAUUUGUAACCUAAUUAUUUUUCUUUUGUUUAUUUUAGCUUUAAUAUGUAAGCAACUUUUAUACUAUUCAGCUGCAUUGAGAAGAGAGGUCUUUGUCUGGACCUUGUAAACUACAGCAUGGAGAAGAAAAAGAGCUUCCAAUGAGCAGAGGGAUUUAAUACUUUUAUUUAACAUUUACACAUUAAGGCCUUAAAACUGUAGCCAGACUAGGCCCAGUUGUGCUGGAGGGGUUUACAAAUACAUAGCAAAUUGCAGCUCCUUUUACAGAUGGCAAGCAGUCUAUGGAAACACACAGGCUGACAAGAGAACAGGGGCUGCAACUGCCGUGGGAAUGCAGCACAGUAAAUGUUAGACAGUAUGGUUUGCAGCCAAUCCCAAGGGUGAGCAUCAUUCUUCACCUAAUCCUCUGGUUUUAGGCUAAACUAUAUAGAACUAAAGCAUGAUUGUUAAGAAGGGAAACCAUAAGUCUCUGGAAAACUGCGAGUCUCUUUUUGUUGUUGUCUAACACAAAAAAUAGGAACUAAUGCCUUCAACUGCACUGCAAUGUCUCUGUCAUCAGAUGACAAUACUGUACAAUUAAUUUACGCACAGUCUGAGCAGUGGGUUUUGCUCCUGAUUCAGACACAAGGAUGAGGCAGAAGCUGGUCCUCUGCUUACCAGGUAGCAAUGUAAAAGCAUUCUGAACCAAGUCCUCCAGGUGAACAUGAAGUAUGUUGUCCUGCAGAGAAGCUUGUAACCUGUGAUGCUCUGCUGAAGCUGUGCAAUAAGGAUUUUCACAUUCUGGAAACCCUACUUCUGAUUCAAAGUUAACUGUAUUCUCCAGUAGUUAACUUUCAUUGUUAGUGUUCAGUGAAAUAAAUCAAUGUUGAAUCAAUAAUUUUAGCAGCAACAAUAAUGUCUACAGAGGGCAGAUCCCAUCCAUCUUUCUUACCUUCUUGAGAUUAAAAAAAAUUAUAAACAGUGAAAUUUUUAACUUUCCAACUUUAGUUUUUUUUCCCUUAACACUAAUGGGUGCACAGUUGCAGCCAGGUUAAGACCAGGGACAGGGACAGUUGUAUUAUAAAAUACACUGCUUAUUUUGGCGAAUAUUUAUUUUAAGUAUGUGAGAGAGAGUAGGUUCUGUGGUUUGUUCAUUGGACUAAGCAUAAACGUUUUGUCAAGUGCUUUAUUCCAGAUUCCCUUUAGUUCCCUCUGUGGCAAUGGACAACUCUUUCAACUAUGCUGCCCUUUUCUUUUAGCUGUAGAACAGGACUAGUACUUUCCUUAUAAAGGUAACAUGCAAACUAGUGGAGUUAAAUUCUGCUCUCAGACGCAGCCAAACAAUUCCCUGAGCAGAGCAGGAGUUAUAAACAUCCAUCUAGGAAGGGCAAACUCAGCAAAGGGAUUUUAUGUGCCAAGUGCAUUGAAUACGAAAAGUAUCAUAUAAAUGCUAAGCAUCAUUGUACUUAUAGCCAACGAAAGAGCUUUUAUGAUUAUACAGAAAGCCUGAAUGUUAACUAAAGAAUUUGAAGUGAUGUAGCAAAUGAGGUAACUUUCUACAGGACUCUCAAACAAAUGUAUUGACCUCCUCCAUCUUGCCCACUCAGUUUAUACCGUGUUCUCAAUGGCCACGCAAGGGAAAGCACAGAGCACCCCUGUGCUCACACUGUAACUUGCUCAACAUGUUCUGGACCCUGAAAUGAGGACAUCAUUAAAAUUUUCUGAAGUAGAUCUCACUUUAUUCCAUACAGGAUAGAAAGGGUCUUUGGAAGACUUUCACGUCUACCACUUUGCAACUUAGGAAAGCCAAAUCUGAUAUAAGGAAAUCCAUCCUGAGAAUAUUUGUUUUAUAACAAAAGUUAUAAUUUUAGUAUAAGACAUGUAUAUCAGCAGAUGAACUAGAUUCUACAUACAGUGCCCAGGGUACUACAGCAUGACCAAUUAUCUGCUGUCUCUGAAACAAAAUGGCAAAAAUUCUUUUUUGAUACAAAUGGACCUAAUGACCCAUGUGUACUGUGGUUAAUAUUGUUACACAUUAAGUUGUUUUGUGUUGUCGUGGUACACUAACCUGAUUUAAUAUGCAGCAGACAAACUGAACAACCUGUAUGACAAUUUUGAAUAUGAGGUCUCAGCUUUAGGCCUUACAUUUCAAAAUGCUGGUGGAGGCACCUGGAUUUUUGUUCCUCCUGACAGCAGUUGAAGUCAAAACCAAGUUAUGAGAGGAUUGUCACCCAACAGAAAGCAACAUAUGUGGAAAGCUACUAAUAAUAAAGUGGUAGCAAGCAGGGAGAAACUCAGUGAACUCCAAAGAUGCCUCAGGCAUUUAUGUACUCCAUGGUUCUACAAAGACAACAUUUUGCAUGUCAACACAUUGAGAGUAUAUACAAGAAGCAGAUAUUGGAAACAGACUGGAAUGCUUUAACCCGUUGGUGCAGCUAAUGUCAUUAGAAUGUGUGCGUGUGCAAAUGUGUCUGUGUCUAUGUAUAAUAUUAACUACCUCACCCUGCAUUUUCCAGGAAAAAUAUUUAGGUUUAGAGGUUUAAUAUUCAAAACCUUCCUGUUACAAUUUUCACCUCUACACCAGUCUCUUCCAUUGAUACAAUGUUUCUCCUUCUAAUGGGCAAGAUUUGGAAAUUACCAAAAAAAUAUAUAUUAAAAGACAUAUUUCAGGAUACGGAUGAAAUUUUAUCCAAACCAUGUUGCUUUAAUUACUGCUUGUAAUGUGACCCUGAUGAGAUAAGACCUUGGGGUUAAUAGAUAACAAAUACAAACAUACUGUGGUUCAGUUUUUAUUUUUCAAUGGCUUUCCAUUAAUGUAUGUCUUCUCUGGAAAAUAAUACAAUGCCACUAAUCAAAGCAAAAUGUUUGUAUGUACGUUUCCCUUACAAUCCUCAUUAUGUUAUGUCUUUUGUUGAAAUAAGCCCACAUGUAAGUGUAUUUGUACAGCAGAAUGUGUCCAUUGUAUCGUAUUUGUGUCAAAAAUAAAAACAAUACCAACAAAAAAAAAAA